AUUUUGGUCCUUUUCUGCAAAACCAAUAGAAAAAACCCCCAAAAACCUGAACGGAAGAGAGGAGAAAAAAGAGUGACAGUGGGAGAGAGAGAGAUCACUCCAUCGCCGUCCUGUCUUCAAAUGUCAAAUACGAGUAAUCUCUCUUUUUAAUUUCCUUUUUUUUCCGUGAAUUGAGCAUCGAAGGAGACGGGGUUUUUCUGAUUGGAAUUCUGAAGAGUGCGCAAAGAUCAACGAGGGAAAUUCAUUUGAGACAGAUACGGAAGAUAUGGCUGGAUCAGAUGAGAACAAUCCAGGAGUUAUCGGACCCUCACAAGAAGUGGGUUUGCGUGCCGGGGCCCGGGGGAAGUUCGCGGCGGCUACUGGGCAGAAUCGGAGGGCAUUGAGCAUCGUUAAUCGGGAUGUAGUCGGAGCUCCACCUUUCCCUUGUGCUGUCAAAAAGAGACCUUUAUCUCAAAGAAAUGCAGUCUCUAAUAAGAUCCCAUCCACACAUGUGCAUAGACCAAUUACUAGGAAGUUUGCUGCGGAUAUGGCGAGCAAGCAGCAAAUGAAACCAGAGGUUCCAAAUGAAUCGGAUGAUUUCACUAUCAUAGAUUUGGAUGACCCCAAGGAAAGUAAUGACACUGAAGUGCCUAUGUUUGAGCGACAUGUUGAAGCUAUGUUGGAGGAGAUUGACCGGAUGGAGGAGGUUGAAAUGGAAGACAUUGCUGAAGGGCCGUUUUUGGACAUUGACAAUGGUGAUAAAAAGAAUCCGCUUGCAGUUGUUGAGUACAUUGAUGAUUUAUACAAAUUCUACCGGAAAGCAGAGUGUACUGGUUGUGUCCCUCCAAAUUAUAUGGCCCAACAACAUGACAUUAACGAAAAGAUGAGAGCUAUCCUCAUUGAUUGGCUGAUAGAGGUUCAUUACAAGUUUGAGCUGAUGGAAGAGACCCUAUAUCUGACAGUCAAUGUAAUUGAUAGAUUUUUAACAGUCCAUCAAGUUGUGAGGAAGAAACUUCAGCUGGUUGGAAUAACAGCCAUGCUUCUUGCCUGCAAAUACGAAGAAGUUUCUGUUCCGGUUGUGGAGGAUCUGAUUCUGAUUUCUGAUAAGGCUUACAGCAGGAAAGAAGUGCUUGACAUGGUUUGUGAUUCAACAUUGUGUCUCAUUAAUAUAUUGAUGAGUAUAAGUAAAAAGGGUGAUACAUACAUACAUCUUGAUUUGCAGGAGAAAUUGAUGAUCAAUACUUUACAAUUCAAUCUAUCUUCUCCUACACCAUAUGUGUUUAUGAGGAGAUUUCUCAAAGCUGCUCAAUCUAACAAGAAGCUUGAGCUUUUGUCGUUCUUCAUGAUCGAGCUGUGCCUAGUCGAAUAUGAAAUGCUUAAAUUUCCACCUUCUUUAUUAGCUGCUGCUGCUAUUUUCACUGCUCAGUGUACUAUUGGUGGGUUUAAGCAUUGGAGCAAGACCUGUGAGUGGUAUACCAACUACAAAGAAGAGCAGCUUGUGGAUUGCUCAAGAAUGAUGGUUACUUUCCAUCAGAAAGCAGGGACAGGGAAACUUACAGGCGUACAACGCAAGUAUUGCACAUCUAAGUAUGGUUAUGCUGCAAAAACUGAACCAGCGACUUUUCUCCUUGAGGCAAAAUCCUAGCACAACUUGAAAGCAUUUGCUUUUUUAUUGACCAAAUAAAGCUGCCAAGAAACCUAACUAUGAACUGAGAGGGGAUAGGGGAGCAAAAGAGCAACACAAGUUGCCCCAGGGUUUAUGAAUAUGACGCUGUCUGACUCAGUGUUUGCCUUUUUUUAGUUUUAUAUCUUAUUUGAACUUAACCAGAUUAUGUUUGUUUUUCAUUUUCUCUUUCCCAGAGAGAAUAAAUUGUAGAACUGUUCCAACAAACCCAUUUUUAUUUGUUUAUAUAUCACAAGCAACUUAGACUUAA